AUGAACGAAAAUUUAUUUGCCCCAUUCAUCACACCCACAAUUAUAGGUAUUACAACACUACCAAUUAUUAUUCUAUUCCCCUGUAUUAUCUUAUCAUCCCCCAAACGAUGACUCCCUAACCGUAUUCAAACCCUACAAAUCUGAUUGAUUCGUCUAAUCACUAAACAAAUAAUGACAAUACAUAAUAAACAAGGCCGAGCCUGAUCCCUCAUAUUAAUCUCCCUAAUCCUAUUUAUUGCUUCCACUAAUCUCCUAGGACUUCUACCUUACUCAUUCACUCCAACCACACAACUCUCAAUAAAUAUUGGCAUAGCCAUCCCCCUAUGAGCUGGAACAGUAAUCAUAGGCUUUCGAAAUAAACCUAAAAUAUCAUUAGCCCAUUUCCUGCCUCAAGGCACUCCAACCCCCUUAAUCCCAAUACUAAUCAUCAUCGAGACAAUUAGCCUAUUUAUCCAACCUCUUGCCCUAGCAGUCCGACUAACAGCCAACAUUACUGCAGGACACUUACUAAUUCAUUUAAUUGGUUCAGCUACAUUAGCCCUCUCAUCUAUCAGCAUAGCCGUAUCAACCAUUACAUUUUCAAUUCUAUUUCUCUUAACAAUUCUAGAGCUAGCCGUAGCAAUAAUUCAAGCUUACGUUUUUACUCUUCUAGUUAGCCUUUACCUACACGAUAACUCAUAA